AUGAAAGCAACAACUCUUCUUCUCUUUCUCACACUAGCCAUUCCUCCUUCAUUGUUUUUUUUGGUUAAUUCUCAGUCACUCAUCUCUUCAUCUGUAUCUAGUACAGUGACUCACAUUGCUGUUAGUGCUAAUGGAGUCUUUGUGAGCACUGCUACUCAAGUAUACCGGUUCUCUUCUACUCUACAACAAUUAGGAGACCCUCUUGGGUCUAUUGGUGGUACUGUUAAUGGACUAGCUUGUACAAUAGAUGGUGAAUGGUGUGUAGUGUGUACUGAUGCUGGUGGUGUAACAUGUUCUGUUCUUGAUGGAUCUAAUCUUGAAGCUCCUGCUAACAGGACAGUAACUAACAGUGGGACUGCUACUAGUCUAGUAGUGUUUACUGCCCCUGGAGGUGAUGGUAACAGCUUUUAUACUGGGAGCUAUGUUAAUGCUCGUAUUCUAUAUCAUCAGUAUGGGUUUGCUGGUAGUACACAGUCAAGAGCUACUAAUCCUGUACAUCAACAAACUUUCAGUUUUAAUCGUGUAUUUGUGAGUGGUUUCUUUGCUUCAGGAUAUGCUUAUUAUUUUGUGAAUGAUCCUCCAACAAGUGGUGUUAACAGACGGCUUCGUAUAAUAAGAGUGUGUAAUGACAGUGCAGCAGCUGAUGGUUUCAACAAUCAAUAUGAACUGACAUUAGGUUGUGAUGACAAAGAAUCUUUCUUUAAUCCUACGCUGCUUGGUGUAUCUGUUAUUAAUGAAGAGACGUUGUUAAUAGUAAUACGCACUAGUUCAGUGGACAUAUGUUCAUACAGUCUGUCUGAGAUUAACUCUUUAAUGGAUGCUGCUUAUCAAUCAUGUGUAGUUAAUGGUACUGGUAAUAAGAAUAUCUAUUGGCAGAGUCCUGUAUUAUGUUCUGCAGGGUCAUCUCAAUUAUCAGGAAGCAUUUGUAGUAUAUCAGAUUCAAGAGGUAGCACUCCAGCUCCAGCAGUUGGUGUAUCAAGCUCUUUUACUCCUAGUCCUCUGUUUACUAACAGUACCGUACUCAAUGAAUUAACUGCAUUUUUGGGAUUGUCAAUUGAUGGCAUUGAUUUCAAUUACUUUGCAUUUACAUUAAAUAACAAUAAUUAUACUGCUAAGUAUCACUUGGUCAAUGGUACAAGCCUUGCAUUUGUAUCUGAAGUUACAUCAAUCUCUUCAGUUACAUCAUUAUCCUGGUCUCAAGGUUCAGAGUAUGUGUAUGGUAUUAGUGGUUCUAAUGUGAUUGCAUUAAAGAUAGAGGAUUGUUCCAGUGCUACUAGUUGCUCUGAGUGUGUUAGUUUAGGUGAUCCAUUGUGUGGUUGGUGUAUGAUAGAGAACAAGUGUUCACGUAGACCAUUCUGUCAGGAUAAUAACAAAAUAAGACGAUACCUAACACAAGGAAACAGUAAUAGUUGCUUUGAUACAGUAUCUAUUAAUCCAAGUACUUAUGUAAUAGAUACACAGCAACAACCUCAUCAAGUCAUUAUGACUUUUUCACCAGCUCCACUUCCUCCUAUGCUUCAAGGAGAGCAGUACUUUUGUGUUUUCAAUGGUAUCAAGAGUCCAAUAGAAAUGUCUAUCAAUGGCACUAUUGGUUCUUGUUCUGUACAAGCUAUAAUAUCUCAAGUUACAGACAUACAAUUAAGUACUACUUUCAGUAUUUACAGUAACAGAACUAGUGUGUACUAUUAUACAAGCCCUGAUAACUUUACUUUCUAUAAUUGUCCGAAGGCAACAAAGUGCAGUGUGUGCACUGAAUCUAAAGCAUGUGGAUGGUGCCAAUUGGACUUUACUUGUACAGGGAGCAAGAAUUUGUGUACUAUUGGUAACUGGCUAACAACACAAACUGAUAAUCGUAUUUGUCCUUUUCUACAACCAAAUCAACAAACAUCUGACGGUAGAUAUACUCAACCAGCUAAUGUUGUAACAAACACCAUGCUUACUACUAUCAACACACAGUUUGUACUUGAUCUCAGUUAUGAGUGUGUGUAUGGUACUGUUACCCGAACUGCUACUGUUAACAAUGACAACACAGUGACAUGCAAUAAUAAUCCUGUGUUAACAAUUGAAGGAGGAAGAGGCACUCAGAAUGUCUCAUUGAGUAUUAGACAAGUAUACAAUGGAAGGAAAUAUACAAUAGAGACUAAUGCUACUGCAAAUCUCACUGUGAUCUUGUAUGAUUGUCCUACAUUAGCUAGAGGUUGCUCUUCAUGUUUAGCACAGAGAAUUGGUACUGGAUUUAGCUGCAGUUGGUGUAAUAGUAAUGCUCAAUGUAGAGACAUUAGUAAUUGUAGUGAUGCUAGUCCAGUCAUUAGUACAGGAAACUGCCCUCUACCAAUUAUUAGUGACUUUAAUCCUAAAGCAGGACCUCCUAGAGGUGGAACAACUAUCAUUAUUGAUGGAACAAAUCUGGGUACACAGCGCUCUGACAUAGAGUCUAUUAUGAUUGGUACUAGAAACUGUAUUAUUGACAAAUAUGAACCAGGAGCAAGGAUAAAAUGCACAGUUGUUCCUGAUACUAGAGAUAAAAUAGACAGGAAUGUGACUAUUACAAUAAGAGUGACCAGAUCUAACGAUAGUGUAACUGCCAGUAGUACAACACAGUACCAGUUCAUAACACCAAUCAUUCAAUCAGUCAGUCCUACAUAUGGUCCUUUUAGUGGUGGUACUAAAAUAAGAGUACAAGGUACAAACUUUGAUAUUGGUAAUAAAGAAAUGACAAAAGUAAUAAUGAGAGAAUCAUCAUCAAGAAUAAAGAGGAACACAUGUCCCAAUAUUAACUGUACUAUUAUGAGUAUUACUAAUACUGAGAUCUACUGUGUUAGUGGUAAUAUAAAUGCUAGUGACUGUAUGAGGAAUGUAGUAGUGUCGGUCAAUGGAGCUUUAUUCUCUAAUACUAGUAUAAGUUAUCAAUAUAGACCUGAUCCUACUUUUAAUAGUACCAGUACUAUGAACAUAAUACCAGCUGGUGGUAUUCAACUAGUAUUCACUGGUGCUAACUUAAAUUCCGUUCAGUCUCCUACUAUUACUAUUACUGAUAGUAGACUGGCUCCUAGUAGUAUUGAAUCUUGUGUCAUUAAUGAUACUGAUACUAUGUUGAUCUGUAUUGCUCCUAAUGUUAGUAAUGUGACAGACAGCAGUUACUAUGGGACACGCAUUGUGUAUAUGCUAAUGUUAGAUGGAGCCGAGUCACCUAAUUACAUGAAUGCUGAUCUGAGACUAACACUACAACCUAAUCCAAUAUUUACUGGUAUUGAUGUUAACUCAAGAUCUAUAUCAGUCAAUGAUGGUCAGAUUAACAAUAUUUUUAUUGCAGGAAUGAACAUAAGGUCUGUGAGUCUGUCAGAGAUUACUAUCAUGUUAGGUGAUGAUUCAUGUAGCAUUAGAACAAGCUCUGAUACUGAGAUUAACUGUAUACCACCAAACAAACCAUCUGGUACCACACUAGCACUAAGAGUUAGAGUGGGAAGAAAUUUAGUGUUUCCACCAAAUGGAUACACUGGCCCUGAAUGGACACUAGUAUAUACUAGCACUGGUACUAGAUCUACUUCAAUUGGAGCCAUUGUUGGAGGGUCUAUAGCAGCUAAUGUUUUUAUUGCAGUGUUCCUAGUAGCAAUACCAUUGAUAACUAUCAUUUUUAUUUUAAAAAAGAAGCUUAAAGAGAAAAAAGAAAGGAACAUACCAACAGUAACAGAUGAAGUAAUCCCAAUGUCUACUAAUCUAGUAUAUCAGAGCAACAUUAGCCAAGAUUUUACGCGUCGCCAGCUCAACUCAACACAAAACAGUUCAUCAAGUAUUCGAUUAUAUGAUGAAAUACAGCAUGUAGCAGGAAAUCAGCAUGAACAAGAAUUAGAAUCUGACAAUGAUGAUAACGAUGCUAAUCAAAAUAAUGAGAGAUUUUUUAAUCAAGUGAAUCAAGAAGAUUAUGAAGAAAAUGGUAGGUACAUGUAUAUUGAUAGCUUGGUAAUGGAUGAAGACAACCUUUAAAACAAUAAAGUUGCAUAUAGUCUUGCAGGGCUGCAUGCAGUUUAAGUUUGGGGGUACACUAUGCACCAUUUUUCAAUAUAAACAAUAAAUAUACUUGUAAGCAUCAUAAACUUAAUUUCCACUUAGAAUUUUAAUAAUUGUGAAGUACAAUUUCA